UUCAUGUUUGCUGUGUGACAUGAGUGGCGGAGACAGUGUAAAGAAGCAGGAAGAAGACACGAAGCGACUGCUGCUGAUGUUCAAAAAGGGACACUGGCAUUUUUAUCAUCUCGUCUGCCAGGCUUAACACAACCACUGGAUUUUCUGCUAAAGAGCGGAAUUCAUGUUUCCAUCGAUCACAGCAAGUUGUCCAGGUCCUGAAGGAGCGAAGCAGCCCAAGACCAUCACACUACCACCUCCAUGUUUGACUGUUGACUAGAGUGUUGUGUUGCACUCACACACAUCCACACUCAAUUGCUGCUUUGGAGUCGGCUCAGGAUGCAGUCGCUCCUCACUCUGCUGCUGGCAUUUGUGGUCUCCGUCGCCUCAGUGGAGUGGAGGCGUCCGGUGAUCCGGUUAAACUCAAAGGUGGUCUUGAGUCCUGAGGUGGUGGUCAACUCUGGCACCCCUCUAGAUCUGAGGUGUGAGGGCGACAGACCUGUGAACUGGCAACCCAGGCUGGCCAAACACAAACGCUACAUGUCUAGGGGGAGAGGAAAUGUCAGCAUUUUGAAAGUGGCGCAUCCCUCGGCCCAAUUCACCGGGACCUACAAGUGUUUUUACAUAGGUGGGACACAGCAUCAUAAUCUGACCUCAUCAGUUCAUGUGUUUGUAAAAGAUCCCAGCCGUGUCUUCUGGACCAGCAGCACCUUGCUGAGGGUGGUGAAAAAAGAGGGUGAGGUUUACUUGCUACCCUGCCUCCUAACUGACCCAGGCGCCACAGAUAUCAGUCUCCGCAUGGAGAACGGCACCACCGUUCCGCCUGGGAUGAACUUCACUGUCUACCGGCACCGUGGUAUUCUCAUCCACAGCCUCCACCCCAGCUUCAACGCUGACUACGUAUGCACGGCCAAGGUCAACGGAGUGGAGCGCACCUCCAAAGCGUUCUCCAUUAACGUCAUCCAGAAGCUCCGCUUCCCUCCAUAUGUGUUUUUAGAGACUGAUGAAUACAUCCGUAUUGCUGGGGAGGAACUUAAAAUCUCCUGCACCACACACAAUCCCAAUUUCAACUACAAUGUCACCUGGAUAUAUACCACCAAAUCAAAACCCACCAUAGAAGAGAGGGUCCGCUCCAGUGGAGAAAAUCGUCUGGACAUACAGAGCAUCCUCACCAUCCCUUUUGUGGACCUUGCAGACACGGGCAACAUUUCCUGCAUCGGCACUAAUGAAGCAGGGGUGAACAGUUCGACAACAUACCUGCUGGUUGUAGACAAGCCAUACAUCCGACUGUUGCCCCAACUCUCCCCGAAGCUGACCCACAAGGGUCUUGCAAUUGAGGUGAACGAGGGAGAAGAUCUGGAGCUCACUGUGCUCAUUGAGGCGUACCCCCACAUUGUGGAGCACAGCUGGCAAACGCCAACAUCUCCUAGCACGUCUGCACAGGAGAACAAGUUCAUCCGGUAUAACAAUAGAUACCAUGCGACAUUGCAACUGAAGAGAAUGAAUGCUCAGGAGCAAGGUCAAUACACCUUCAAUGCACGGAGCGACUUGGCCAAUGCCUCCGUCACAUUCCAAGUUCAGAUGUAUCAGAGACCAGUUGCCAUGGUGAGAUGGGAAAAUGUGACUACUCUGACAUGCACGUCCUUCGGCUAUCCUGCCCCUAGAAUCAUCUGGUACCAAUGUUUUGGAAUACGCCCCACGUGCAAUGAAAGCAAUACUGGGCUGCAGAUGGCCACCCCAUUGCAAGCUCAGACAGUGGAGGUUCAGAGGGAGGAGUACGGGGCGGUGGCAGUGGAGAGUGUUCUGACCGUGGGACCUUCAAGCCGGAGGAUGACAGUGGAGUGUGUAGCCUUUAACCUCGUUGGAGUCAGCAGCGACACAUUUGCCAUGGAAGUGUCUGACAAACUUUUCACCUCCACCUUGACCGGAUCUGCAGGCAUUCUAUCCAUCUUCCUUGUGCUUAUGGUGUUUGUCUUUUACAAAUAUAAGCAGAAACCCAGGUAUGAGAUCCGUUGGAAGAUCAUUGAGGCAAGAGAUGGAAACAACUACACCUUUGUUGACCCUACGCAACUGCCCUACAAUGAAAAAUGGGAGUUCCCACGGGACAAACUCAAGCUAGGAAAGAUCUUGGGUGCUGGAGCUUUUGGAAAAGUGGUGGAGGCCACAGCCAUCGGUCUUGGAGAGAGAGACAACGUGAUGCGUGUGGCUGUGAAAAUGUUAAAAGCCAGUGCCCAUUCUGACGAGAGAGAAGCUCUGAUGUCAGAGCUGAAGAUCCUGAGUCACUUGGGACACCACCAGAACAUUGUCAAUCUACUGGGGGCCUGCACCUAUGGCGGACCUGUGCUGGUAAUCACAGAGUAUUGCGGCCUUGGGGACCUACUGAACUUCCUCCGCCAGAAGGCAGAAACAUUUAUGAGCUUUGUCAUGAACAUGCCUGCCAUAAUGGACAGCUCCAAUGACUAUAAAAACAUCUGCAAUCAGAAACUUUUCAUAAGAAGUGACAGCGGAAUCUCUAGUGAGUCUUCAAGCAGCUACUUGGAGAUGAGACCGUGUCAGCUGUCAAACAGCAAGCCAUUACAAAACGCAGUGUGCGAGGAGACUGGAGAAUGGCCGUUGGGCUUGGAUGACAUGUUGAGGUUUUCCUACCAAGUGGCUCAAGGCUUGGAAUUUUUGGCUGCCAAAAAUUGUAUUCACAGAGACGUGGCUGCUCGAAACAUCCUUCUGACGGACCACAGAGUAGCCAAAAUUUGUGACUUUGGCCUGGCACGGGACAUCAUGAGUGACACCAACUACGUGGUGAAGGGCAACGCACGUUUGCCAGUGAAGUGGAUGGCUCCAGAGAGCAUCUUUGACUGUGUAUACACUGUCCAGAGUGAUGUGUGGUCCUAUGGAAUCCUCCUGUGGGAGAUCUUCUCUCUGGGUAAGAGCCCUUACCCCAGCAUGGCUGUGGACUCCAGCUUCUACAAGAUGGUGAAACGAGGCUACCAGAUGUGUCAGCCAGACUUUGCUCCACCUGAGAUCUAUGAUAUCAUGAAGAUGUGCUGGAAUCUGGAGCCCACCGAACGUCCCACUUUCAGCAAGAUCAGUCAGAUGAUACAAAAACAGCUCGGCGAACAAGCGCAACAGGAACAGUUAAUUUAUCAGAAUGUGCAGCAGCAGGUCACGGAGGCCGAAGAGCCCGAAGAGUGUGACCAGCCCAAGUGCUGUGACACCCCUUGUGAGCAGUCUUGUGACCCCGAGGAGGAGGAGGAGCAGCCUUUGAUGAAGACUAACAGCUAUCAGUUUUGUUGAAAAUCCUUGACGAAUGAAGUGCCGUCUGUAACCUCCGCUCCCGUCAACAAAAACUUCAAACUUAUAGACAUGACUGCAGGAAACGAGCUUUCAUGCUUCCUCCUUGACUGUUUGUAGCUCUAUCAGCUCAGGAAUCAUUCAGCUCCAUAAAUCCGGAAGACAACAUAAAAAUAAUAUUGUACACAACAGUAUGUUUUUCCCACGGGAGUGAACAUCUGUAUUUUAUUCCACAGCGGUCGAAAACAAACAAAUGACGACUGUGUAUAAAGUGCUCAGCCUGUUUUUUUUUUUUUUUCUAGUGCGUGCAAAUGGACUGUGAAGGAGGCAAAGAAUGAUGACGUUGUUUUUGCCCUCCACGCUUUGGUCAUAGCAGGAGCUCUUGUGACACGAUUACAGUAGCCGUGGCUUGUCGGCAACAUGUGAUCGCCCCACUUAAGUCAAAUGCAUUCUCCACAGGUUCAGGGCAAUGCAAUACAUCUGAACUGCGCAUGGCAACCAAUGGAUCCACCGUAGAAUAGAUGACUAGUGUUUUAUGCUUGACAAUGUGAAUGUUGUUUUGUGUUUUUCAGACCUUUUUGUCCAUUUUCUUAUAGAGUUCCAUAUAAUCUUGAUUUUUGACCAUAUGUAGGAGUCAGCCUACACUGCCAAAUGUAUAAAGUAACAUAAGCUAUGAGAGAUGUGUAUGCCACACUGUAUUUCAAAUGUGCGAAAUUAAUGAUCAUGUAUAUAUCUCCUAGUGUAUAUCAAGAAGUAUCUUUAUUUUAGGAUUUAGCAAAGGUUGUAGUGAAUGCAUAGUAUACAAGAUGUGUGGUUUUGUGCAAGUGAGACAAUCUUUGAUCAUAAUAAAAUCUUUACACUGAAACUCCAGUGUGAAGUUUGU